AUGACAUCCGCCGCCGCUAAUCUCUCCCGACGUGGAGCUCUUGAAGCCAGACGCCUCCUAAACCCUAACCUCCUCAGCUCCACCUUGAGUUCUCUGCUCUGCGAUUGCGAGAACUCAAAUCCUCAGCUGAAGAGCGCCGUUUCAGUUUUCCGGCAAGCACUCGACUCCAGCACCUCUCUCUCCUCCCCCGGAAACAAUCUCAUCGCGACUCUAGUACGCUCCAAAAACCACGAGCUCGCAUUCUCCGUCUACCGCAAGAUGCUCGACACCAACGCUUUCAUCAACUUCGUCUCCCUGAGCGGGCUCCUCGAAUGCUUCCUGCGGUUGAAUCGCAACACCAGUUUCGCGUUUGGCGUCCUCGCCGUGAUGCUGAAACGCGGGUUUGCCUUCAACGUCUACAAUCUCAACCUUAUCUUAAAAGGCUUAUGCAAGAAUCUUGAGUUUGGUAAAGCUCUCACCUUGCUUAGAGACAUGAGGUUGAAUUCUAUGGCUCCGGAUGUUGUGAGUUACAACACUGUUAUAAGAGGUUUAUGCGAAGGGAAGGAGUUGGAGAAAGCCUUGGACUUGGCCAAGGAGAUGCAGUGUUCUUGGAGUUUGGUGACUUGCGGGAUUCUUGUUGACGCAUUUUGCAAGGCUGGUAAGAUGGAGGAAGCUAUGAGGUUGUUUGAAGAGAUGAGAGUUAGUAAAGGUUUGGAACCGGAUCUCGUUUUGUACACUACGCUUAUCAGAGGCUUCUGUGAUUGCGGUGAGGUGGAUAGAGCUAAAGAGGUAUUCGAUGAGGUUAUUGAGAAAGGGCUUUCUCCCUCUGCGAUUACCUACAACACUCUUAUUCAAGGGUUUUGCAAGUUAGGGGAGAUGAAAGAAGCUUCGCAGAUGUUUGAGUUUAUGAAGGAGCGUGGAGUGAGUCCGAAUGUGUAUACGUAUACUGGUCUGAUCAGUGGUCUUUGCGGAGUAGGUAAGACUAAGGAAGCUCUUCAGCUUUUGAACCUCAUGUUGGAGAAUGGCGAAGAGCCGAACGUGGUGACUUAUAACGUUAUUCUCACCAAGCUCUGCAAGGACGGCCUUGUGGGGGAGGCUUUAGAGGUUGUUGAAGUGAUGAAGAAGAGGGGUACAAGACCUGAUAUCAUAGCGUAUAAUAUUUUACUGGGUGGACUCUGUGGUAAAGGUGAUUUAGACGAAGCUAGCAAGCUUCUGUGUUUACUGGUGAAUGAUAGGAGCUAUCCGGAUCCUGAUGUUAGAUCGUUUAAUGCGCUAAUCCACGGGCUGUGCGAGGAAAGCAAUCUCCCUGAAGCUUUAGAGUUUUAUGAUUUGCUGGUUGAGAGAUUGGGUGCUGCAGAUAUAGUGACUACUAACAUAUUGCUUAAAGGCACUCUCAAGUCUGGAGAUGUGAAGAAGGCAAUGGAGCUUUGGAAACAAAUAAUUGUUCCAAACUCAGAUAUGUAUUCUACUUUGAUUAAUGGGUUUUCCAAAACCGGCAUGCUUAAUGUUGCUAAAGGACUGUUCUGUAAAAUGAGAGGGUCUAAGCUACGUCCCAGUGUUUACGACUGCAACUGUCUAUUGUCAUCAUUAUGCAAAGAAGGAAGCUUGGACCAGGCAUGGAGAUUAUUUGAGGAAAUGAAGCGUGAUGACAGCUUACCAGACAUUGUUUCUUUCAAUAUUAUGAUUGAUGGAAGUCUUAGAGCAGGGGAUGUUGAAUCUGCAGAGUCACUACUAGUCGAGAUGUCUCAAGCUGGUCUUUCGCCUGACUUGUUUACUUAUUCGAAACUGAUAAACAGGUUCCUGAAACUCGGAUAUUUAGAGGAGGCUAUCGGUUACUUUGACAAAAUGGUUGAGAGCGGCUUUGAGCCUGACGCUCAUAUUUGCGAUUCUGUGUUGAAGUAUUGUAUUUCACAGGGGGAUUCAGAUAAGUUGAAGGAAGUUCUCGAAAAACUGGCGGAGAAAGAUAUCGUACUUGACAAAGAGCUGACGUGUACGGUCAUGGAAUACAUGUGUAGCAGCUCAACAAACAUGGAACCUGUAAAGCGGUUGCUAAAAGUAGCAAAUGAUAAAGAGAAAAGGGAUUAAGUAGGACACGUUGUAUAGAUUAAAACUGUGGGUGUGGCAGACCAGGAAGGAUGGUUGCAAAGACGUUUUGGGACACAAGCUGCAAUCUGCUGAUGUCAUUGUAAGGAAGUGGUUACGUAAAAAGCCAAAUCAUGGUUUGAUUUUUGGGAUCACAUGGAAGGCAAUAGAUCCCACUACAGUUGGAUGAUUGGAUUAUACAAUACAAAGCAUCGAAGACCGAUGCAUUACUGAAUCGUAAUGCAUUGGAGGUUUAGGUCUUUCAUUUUGAUUACUGAUUUUGGGGUGCACAUAGAAUGGAAAUGGAAUUGCUCUCUUUCUCUCUCCAUCUCUCUCUUUGGUAUUGUUGACAAAAAAGGUAAAUAAGCAGCAACCUCUCAUCUUUAUCAUAAUCCAAGUCUUUGCUAUUUUGCGUGAGAGAUUAGAAGAAAAGGAGCUUUUUAUAAGAGACCAUGAGUUUGUUGUUUGCAUAUUUUUGUUGUUUUGGUAUUGGGACUUUGGGAGGAGGAAGAAGAAAGAAAUCUGGUGCUUCUGUAGAAGAAGGUUGGAGGUGCCUUCAUCUUCUUCUUCAUCUUCCUUAUUGGUUUGUUUAUGUUUUUGUAACAAUCUCUUCAUAAUAAAAUAUAUAUAGCUUUUCUUCUA